CUUGACUUUCAUUAUCCCACUUCAGUUUCCCCCCUACCGUCUGAAAACUGCCAUUAAUUUUUUGUAAAUGCCCAAAACACCCUCAUAUUUAUAUCUCCCUAACUCUCUUUCUCUCUCCUCUCCACCUCACUCCUCCCUUACUCUCACCUGUAUCUCACCAGCAAGGUUGCUGGCAAUAAUUAGCUCCUCUCUCUCUCUCUCUCUCUCUCUCUCUCAGGUGCAGCAAUGGCGGGUCUCUACAAAGACUACAAUCCCAUUACCAAUGGGGUUGCAGAGACCCCAUCACCACUGAUGGGGAAUCAACGAUGCUUCAUUUGGAGGGAGGAGAAGGAAAUUGGGGAUGGGAAGCAGCAAUUAUCUGCAAAGGCUUUGCUUGACCAUGAUGAGACAACUGUUCAUCAAGGCUCGUGUGCCAGUCCCAUGCCCCAUUUGGCAUGUGAUGAUAACAGAGUAGACAACACCUGGUGUAUAGAGAAGGGAGAACAGAACAUGGCAAGCAACUGGAUGGAGGGGGAGGAGUUAAGUAUAGAGGAUAACAGCUGCAGCUUACCUCGUUAAGCUGGGGAAACACCUUGAUAGCAUCAGAUUGGCCAUGCCUAGACCCCUGCCAGAGAAUAGGAAAACAAGUUGCACGAAUUAUACCACCCAGAAUAACCAGACACUAAACAAGAUAAUGCAUGACUGCUCCAGAAGCUCCGGAAAAGGAAGUUCAAUUAUUUGGCCAGAAAUUUCAUACUUAGGGGUGAAUGGAUGAUUAGACACUGAAAAACACAAAACAUGGAACAAAAUAGCUUGCAGUUACCCUAUCACCUGCGAUGAUCAUUCACCAUUUUUGUAUUGUUCUCAGCAUGAUAAGAAAUAAGUUUGUUGCCUGAUACAAUUUCCUCAUUUCUUUUUUCUCGUUUAAUUCUUUUCCAUUGCUUGUUUAUUAGUUUAUAUUUGUACUGCA